AGUCAAUAUGGUGAGCAAAGCGUUGGAUCGAAAAGCGAAUAUGUGUGUGAUGAACAUGAAUGGAAGAAAUGUAAACAUUGAGAUUGACACUGGAGCUGUAGUAACUAUCAUGUCAACAGAAGUGUAUGAAAACCUAUUCAGUGAAAUUGAGCUAAAAAAGUGUUCAUUGGAAUAUGCGUUAAAGACGGUCGGAAGACAAACUCUGAACGUCAUCGGAGAAAUCAUCGUUACGGUCGAAACAAACAGCAAGUUGCACAAGCUGGUAGCAAUUGUGGUCAAGGAUGUUUGUACUCGCGAUGUAUUGGUUGGCCGAAAUUGGCUGGACCGCUUGGCUCCUGGAUGGAAAACGUAUUUUGAGGAUGCUAUGUGUUCCAAAAUAAAAGCUGUUAAGACAGGGAACGACAUCGACGAGUUUACAAGUGAUUCGCAGCGUGCACAUUGUUCGGACGGUACUGGCAUAAAGGGGUUUGAAGCCCAAAUACAACUGAAGCCAAAUGUCCAACCAGUGUUUAAACGAGCCCAUAACAUUCCCUUUGGGCUAGUGGACCGUGUGAAAAAUGAACUGGAUAGAAUGGUGCAAAAUAGUGUAUUGUGUCCAGUGAAGUUCAGCCAGUGGGCCUCGCCAAUCGUAGUUGUUGAGAAGAAGGAUGGCUCCAUCAGGAUAUGCACCGACUUCAAGCGGACUCUGAACAAAGUGAUAGACGUAGAGCACUACCCGUUACCCCAAUUGGAGGAUGUUUUCGUCAAGGCUCAAGGUGGGCGGUUCUUCACAGUGUUGGACAUGACAGGAGCGUUUCAACAGUUGAAAAUUGCAGAGUCUUGUGAAGAGCUUUUCACUAUCAAUACCCCGUUUGGCCUGUACCGCUAUAAGAGGCUGACUUACGGUGUGUCUAGUGCUCCGGCUAUUUUCCAGCGCGUUAUGGAAACCAUUCUGGCAGGGAUUCCGAGAGUGAUAGUGUACAUUGAUGAUGUUUUUAUAUCCGGCCGUGAUGAAGAAGAAACCAGACGCCUUACCAAACUUGUCCUCGACAGACUUCGUCAAUACAACGUUCAAAUAAACUUCGACAAAAGUAAAUUCAUGUGUGAAGAAGUUGAGUACCUAGGCCAUAGGUUCAACCAAGACGGUAUACAACCAACAAAAGCCAAGAUGGAUUGUAUACUAGAAAGCAUUCCUCCAGAGAACCUGAAACAACUUCGCUCUUACGUGGGUAUGCUGAACUUCUAUCACCGCUUCGUUCCUGAACUGUCAACUGUGCUGAAGCCGCUUUACGAGUUGACGAAGAAAGGUCAAGAAUUCCAGUGGUCCAGCGAGUGUCAAGCUGCGUUUGAGGAGUCGAAGAAGAGGUUGUGCCAAAAUAGUCUAAUAGUUCCGUAUGAUCCUACCAAAGAAAUAGUGGUUGCAAGCGAUGCCAGCCCAUGGGGGCUUGGAGGAUGCCUGUCCAUCAUCAUAAAUGGAAUGGAGAGACCAGUGAUGUUUGCAUCGUGUACACUUUCAGAAACCGAGCGAAAAUAUUGCCAACUACAGAAAGAAGCUUUGGCGAUAGUGUUUUGUUUAAAAAAGUUUCACCGAUACAUCUACGGCCGAAAGUUUACGUUAGUGACCGACCAUGAACCUUUGAAAUUGAUAUUCGACCCACAAAAAGAUGUACCUGUUCUAGCUGCACAACGGAUUCAAAGGAAUCCGUCGUUGGAGUCGAGUACAGUAGAAGAUACAGUCGCAUCAUUCAACCUCUCAAGUGACCUCCCUCUUUGCUACCAUGCGGUGGCAGAAGAAACGGUAAAGGAUCCAGUGCUUCUGCAAGUGCUAAAAUAUUUGGAAGAUGGUUGGCCGAAAAAUGAACAACGUAGUGAAAUGAAACCGUUUUUCUCCAAACGCUAUGAGUUGAAUUUAGAACAAGGUUGUAUUCUGUGGGGCUCUCGUGUCGUUAUUCCCACUAACAUGCGUCAAAAGGUGCUGCAAAUGUUACACGAUCAACACGUAGGAAUAGUGCGGUGCAAGAUGUUGGGGAGAAGUGUAUGCUGGUGGCCUAGUAUGAAUGAAGAGAUCGAAGCUUUUGUUGGCCGCUGCUUAGAAUGUCAGACGAAUAGGAGAAGUGAAAAGAAGGAUGUGUUCUCACCAUGGCCAUCAACAAGCUCGAACUGGGAACGUCUUCAUCUGGAUUUUUGCCAAUUAUACGGACAAAAUUACUUAAUUGUGUUCGACGCUCAUACCAAGUGGAUUGAGGUAUUUCUUAUGAAAACCACUACGGCGGGAAAUGUGGUCCAGAUUCUGAGGUCGUUGUUUGUUCGUUUCGGUAUCCCGGCUAGCAUCGUCAGUGAUAAUGGCCCACCUUUCACCUCUACUGAGUUUGUUAGUUUUCUACAAGGCAACAGCGUCAAGGUGUUCAAGAGUCCUGCAUACCAUCCCGAGUCAAAUGGAUCCGCUGAAAGAGCUGUCCAAACAGCGAAACAAACACUACGCUCUACUCUUAAACACAAAAAGAAACCUGCUGAAAUUCAACUGGCUUUGGAAAACUUUGUCUUCAAGUAUCGAAACACACCAUCAACAUCGACCGGCCAAACACCCAGCGACAUGAUGCUGAAACAUAAAGCUCGGACGCUGCUGAAUAUCCUCAUACCUUCUCCAUUCAAUCAACCACCGCGGCCAACGCCUAAAACGAGGAAGGCGCUCUGUGUAGGUGACAAAGUUACCUUGAAGUGGAAGCCGAACACCCCUGCGAUUCCUGCAAGAAUUCUACACAUCGUUGGUCAUAACACGUAUUUGGUGAAUGUCAACAACACCGUUAAGAUGGCUCAUGCAGACCAACUUCGAGCAUCCGAUUUAGACGAGAAUAAGUUCCCUGGUUUAGUGAUCCUGCCUAAUGUCUCUGAAUCAGUGACAGAUCAAUCGGAGACUGAGCCUCUUGAGAGGGAUAAAGGAGAAUUAGCAGCUGCAAACACUAAAGAUGGUCAUACAUCGGGCGAGGGUGCUGAUCUAGCUUCGCCGAAGGUUCGACGUUCCGAAAGGGUAAGAAAACCUCCAGAGCGCUACGGAGUAUCCAAAGUAAAGAAAGAGAGGAGAUAAUGUGUAUUAAAUGAACAUCCCUAAUUGUACUACUUCAUCAUUCCAUUCUAUUGUAGUUCCUAAUAAAUAACGUUCGUAGUUCUCUCGUGAUCGUCAAGCUAUACACUUCAUUUCUGUCGAUGUCCGAAGUAUCAUAGUCCGAUUAAUACAUAACAGUCUUCAGAAAGAUGGGAGGAGCCGUUUCGUGGAGUGUUAAGCGGCAACCGAGUGUGGCGUUAUCAUCAUGUGAAGCGGAGUUUAUCGCAUUAUCUCGAACAACUCAAGAAGCAUUAUGUUGGCAGCAACUGAUUGACCAGAUUGAUGAGAAGCAAGCAAUACCAAUAUUUUGUGAUAACCAAUCCGCAAUAUGUAUGACCCGAAACGAUGCUUUUAAUCCCCGGGCGAAGCAUGUAUCCAUCCGGUGUCAGUUUGUGAAGGACGUUGUGGAAAAAGGUGACAUCAAGCUCCAUUACAUUCCAACAGAUGAACACCCGGCUUAUGGAUUUACGAAGGCUUUGGCGAGAUCGUCGGUUAAGGAGGAGUGUUGGAUGAGUAACCAGCGAUCCAAGUACAUAGUUAAGUAUUUCGGCUACAAUAGCAACCAUUGUUUUGUAUAAUAAACAGAAGAAAUAAAUUUUCAUUCCUUGUUCAGACUUUGACCAAAAUUCAAGUGUUUUAUUUCCACUUACAAGUAAUUGUGAAGCUCUGGUGGUCUAGCGUGGAUUUACUUUACUCCAAAGAUGAUGAUUGAGUGAGAAUAGUUUAUGCUUUCCAAGAAAUUGUUACACGUUUGUUGUUUCGCAAGUUUUAGUUGUAUAGAAGUCACUGUGACGUAGGUAUUUCCAAUUAAACGGUUAGUCAAACCUGGUCACAAUGCCAAACAACUCGCUCAGAUUUGUUCUACAUUUGAUCCUUUGUGACAAACAUUGCGACAAUCGGAGUGAGUUUGUCGUUGAUCACACGAGGUUUGAUGACCAACCGUUCGACUGGUGUUUAUG